GUGGUUCAGUUAUCAUCAAAACUUCAUCAGGCGAAGAUCAGUUCAGGAUGUUGUAGUGGGUCGGAACGAAAAUGACAAUGUUGAUGAUGGAACGGAUUAUAUCGCAGACGCACAAAGCCCAGGAGAUAGUGCUACCGGAAAAAGAGAACUCCCUAGGAUCAUCACCAACGAUAUUCCUCCAACCGAAGAGAAUAUGCGACGACUCGAGAGACGCGGACAUGUGCGAAAAGACCGACGAAGAGGAGGAUCUCAAUGUGGACGUUGAAAGCGACGACACGUGUCCGGUGGAUUUGACCCGUCGGCAGGACGGGAAGUUCACCGCGUUCGACUCUAACAGUGACUUUAAGCGUUCGGAGAGUGUUUGCAGUGACAAUGUAAGCCGGUCUCAGAGCCCCAGGGACCAAAGUCCGUCGGUGGUGCCGCACCAGAACCGAAGGCUGGCCUUUUCCGUCGAGAACAUCCUGGACCCGAACAAGUUCACCGGACGGCAGGCGGUUUUUAGUGACGGCAUGUGCUGGAGGCCUCUGGAUGGGUCCAGAGGAUCCCCGGAGUACGAGGAAAGUGAAGGAAAAGACCACAACUCGGAUGACGACGACGACCUGCAGAGCGACAUCAGCGACGACCUGAAAGACCCGCUCUCCAAAAAGAAAAAGAGCGACUCGAAAUCCUCCCAAAGCGCUGGGAAACCUCGCCGAGCGCGCACCGCCUUCACCUACGAGCAACUGGUCGCCUUGGAGAACAAGUUCAAGACCACGCGAUACCUGAGCGUCUGCGAGAGGCUCAACCUGGCGCUCAGCCUGAGCCUCACCGAGACGCAAGUGAAAAUCUGGUUCCAGAAUCGACGCACCAAGUGGAAAAAGCAGAACCCUGGUAUGGACGUGAACUCUCCCACCGUUCCUCCACCGAACGUCGGCUCCGGGGGCAGUUUCCCCGGAUUUCCGGGGCACCACACUCACUCGGGUUUGCUAUACUCCCACCACGUACCAUACGGCAGCGUGUACCCUUUACAAGCCACGAGUUCGGCAGGAUACACCCCAUAUUUCCAUUUGGCCAACCAUGGUCAUAAUUUAGGUUCUUGAAAGUUACCCUAAGUGUAAUAUUUGUAUAUUUGAUCUCAAUUAUUAUGUGCCAUACUGUAUAUAUUAACAUUUUUAAGGGUUAAGUGCAAAUAUCCCAUACUGUAUAUAUUUUUACAGGGUUAUUUAAAUUAAGUUCAUAUCAUUUGUGAGCUCUUUAGUCAAAUUGACGACAUGCAAAAUAAGAAAAUUCUAAAAUGGGAAGAAGCUGAAAUGACGACAAACUUAAAUGAAUAAAGACAAACUAAAAUGAGAAGAAGCUAAAAUGACAACAAGCUUAGAUGAAGAAGAUCCAAAAUGACAACAAGCUAAAAUGACAAAAGAAUAAAAUGAAAACAAACUAAAAUAGCAAAAACUAAACAUAACAAGCUAAAAUAAAUAGAAUACAAAUUGAGGACAAGCUAAAAUGACAAAAGAAUAAAAUGAAAACAAACUAAAAUAGCAAAAACUAAACAUAACAAGCUAAAAUAAAUAGAAUACAAAUUGAGGACAUGCAAAAAUAAGAAAACUGAAAUAAAGACAAGCUAAAAUAAGAACAUUCUAAAAUGGGAAGAAGCUGAAAUGACGACAAACUUAAAUGAAGAUAAUCCAAAUACAAAAAUGAGAACAAACCUGGAGUAAAGACAAACUAAAAUUAGAAGAAGCUAAAAUGACAACAAGCUUAGAUGAAGAAGAUCAAAAAUGACAACAAGCUAAAAUUACAAAAGAAUAAAAUGAAAACAAGCUAAAAUAGCAAAAACUUAACAUAACAAGCUAAAAUAAAUAGAAUACAAAUUGAGGACAUGCAAAAAUAAGAAAACUGAAGUAAAGAGAAGCUAAAAUAAAAACAUUCUAAAAUGGGAAGAAGCUGAAAUGGCGACAAACUUAAAUGAAGAUAAUCCAAAUACAAAAAUGAGAACAAAGCUGGAGUAAAGACAAACUAAAAUCAGAAGAAUCUAAAAUGACAACAAGCUUAGAUGAAGAAGAUCCAAAAUGAUAACAAGCUAAAAUGACAAAAGAAUAAACUGAAAACAAGCUAAAAUAGCAAAAACUAAACAUAACAAGCUAAAAUGAAUACAAUACAAAUUGACGACUUGCAAAAACAAGAAAACUGAAAUAAGAAAAAAAAGGAAGAAAAUCAAAGUGAUAAAAACCAAAUCACCAUUACGAUUGAAAUUUGACCUAAACGAGUAUUUUUGAAUAACCCUGUAACACUAGCUAUGUAUUUAAUGAUUAUGUAUGUAUUUACUUG